AAGAGUUGUCUUGAAUAAUGCAGCAGCAGGAGGAGGUUCAAACGUCAAGCUGCUAAACGCCUCAGAGGCUGUAAAGAGAAGACUUGGCUUUCCUUUCAGUAUUCGGUAGACUGCAGAAUCAGCAGUGAUCUCUGAAACUGCUCCUACUUCAGCCACCAUGGUGGCAAAGGAUUAUCCCUUUUAUUUUACAGCCAAGAGAGCAAAUUGUGGCUUGGAAGUACAAACAGCAAGCAUCUCAGCACGAGAGCUAGAGGAGCCCAGUAACAAGCGGGUCAAGCCUCUUUCUAGAGUGACAUCAUUAGCAAACCUAAUUCCUCCUGUCCGAACAACUCCCUUGAAGCGAUUUGGACAGACACUCCAGCGUUCUAUCAGUUUUCGUAGUGACAGUCGGUCUGACCUAAUUGCAUCCCGUUCCUGGAUGAGAAAUGUACCCUCUGUUAGCACCAAGCGACGAGACAGCAAACUCUGGAGUGAGACUUUUGAUGUUUGUGUCAAUCAGAUGCUCACAUCCAAAGAAAUUAAGCGCCAAGAGGCUAUAUUUGAACUUUCACAAGGAGAAGAAGACUUGAUAGAAGACUUAAAGUUAGCAAAGAAGGCGUACCAUGAUCCAAUGCUUAAGCUCUCCAUAAUGUCUGAACAAGAAUUAAACCAAAUUUUUGGAACACUAGAUUCUUUAAUUCCUCUUCAUGAAGAUCUUCUUAGGAGACUAAAGGAAAUUAGAAAGCCUGAUGGAUCUACAGAAUCAGUUGGUCACAUUCUUGUGAGCUGGCUGCCGUUCUUGAAUUCUUAUGAUAGUUACUGUAGCAAUCAAGUGGCUGCUAAAGCUUUGCUGGACCAUAAAAAACAGGAUCACAGAGUGCAGGACUUCCUACAGCGUUGCUUGGAAUCGCCGUUCAGUCGCAAAUUAGAUUUAUGGAAUUUCCUUGAUAUCCCACGCAGCCGUCUGGUGAAAUAUCCAUUGCUGCUUAGAGAGAUUUUGAGGCACACACCAAAUGAUCAUCCAGAUCAUCAGCACCUUGAAGAAGCUAUGAAUAUUGUUCAAGGCAUAGUAGCAGAAAUUAAUAAAAAGACGGGAGAAUCUGAAUGUCAAUAUUACAAAGAGAGGCUGAUAUAUCUUGAUGAUACCCAAAGGGACUCCUUGAUAGAUGAGUCACGUGUUGUUUGCUGUCAUGGUGAACUAAAAAACAACAGGGGAGCGAAAUUUCAUGUCUUUCUUUUCCAAGAAGUGCUAGUAAUUACUCGGACAAUUCUUCAUAAUGAACAACUCUGCUACCAAAUGUAUCGACAGCCCAUCCCUGUGAAGGAUCUUACGCUGGAAGACUUGCAAGAUGGAGAGGUGCGAUUAGGUGGAUCCAUACGUGGUGCAUUCAGCAACAAUGAGAGAAUUAAAAACUUCUUUAGAAUCAGCUUCAAAAAUGGAUCACAAAGUCAAUCCCACUCAUUACAAGCAAAUGAUACCUUCAAUAAACAGUUGUGGCUCAACUCUAUCCGUCAAGCCAAAGAACUGAUUUUGCGUGCCUCGGGUGAGAGUGGAGUCCUUGAUUUGGAAGGAUCUGUAAUAGCAUCAAGUAGGAACAGUAUAUUCCAGCAAGAAUCCAAGUCUGAACAAAUGGAUCAGUCAGACAGUGGAUCUAACUGCAGCAUGGACACUAGCGAAAUCAGCCUUGAGUGUGACCACAUGCAAGAGACAGAUUCUUGGGAGAAUGACAGAGAGUUAGAAAGCAAUGUCUGACAAAAGCUUCAAGAGGCUUUCAGUGUCUUAUAUGUACGUAUUUGCAUUCCAUGUGUGGAGCAAGAAGCACUUUUUAAUAU